AGUAUUACAUCAUACCAGUAUGGACGGAGAUUUAAGAAAAUUUAGAAUGUCAGAAUCGAGGUAUAUAAAAGAAGAAUGGGAUAGAUGAAGAAAUGUCAAGGAUGUUAUAAGAGCAGUGUUGAAAAACUACAAUUUGUUAUAUUCGCAUGUAUUCCAAUUCCAAAUAAGAAUGAUAUAAAAUUAUUUAUAAUAAGUGCAUCUUUAUAAAGUGAAAUAUUAAGUGUACAUGUGAUCGUGUGUUUGCGAAGGGUAGAUUGUGUACUCGUACUAACUGUAAACAGACAUUCCCUUUACUUCGUAAACUGGAAUCGGGCAGAUGAUAAAAUUAUUGUAAUCGCUUUAGUUUUCUUGUAAUGGAUAGUGCAAUGGAACGUGAAACUGGAGCAUUGGGCGGACUCUUUCAACAAAUUAUCCAGGAUAUGAAGAAUGGAAUGCCCUUAUGGGAAGAUUUUGUUACAAAAGCUUCCAAGCUACAUUCUUCACUUAAGGCAACUAUUUUGGCAGUCACAGCAUAUUUAGAAUCAUUUCAAAGAAUUGCUGAUUCUGCUACUAAUACUAGAGGAGCAACUAGAGAAAUAGGAACAGCUCUAACUCGAAUAUGCUUACGACACAAAGCAGUCGAAAAUAGACUUAAAAAGUUUACGAGUGUCAUUAUGGAAUGUUUGAUUGUUCCAUUACAAGAAAAAUUAGAAGAAUGGAAGAAAAUAGUCGUGAAUUUGGACAAAGACCAUACGAGAGAUUUCAAAAGAGCGAAAUCCGAACUUAAGAAAAGAUCGACAGAUACGUUGAGGUUACAAAAAAAAUUGAAAAAAGGCGUGGGCGGUGAUGUGCAGAAAAGAUUCGAAUGCGGACUUCAAGAUGUUACCGAAAGACGUCAAUUGUUGGAGGAAACGGAAAAGCAUGCCGUUAGAGCUGCUUUGAUCGAAGAAAGAACUAGAUUUUGUUCGUUCGUCGGACUGCUUAAACCAGUUGUGGAAGAAGAAAUAGCGAUGCUUACGGAAAUGGGUCAUUUACAAGAAGCCGUCCAACAAUUAGAAAAACACACCUACGAUCCAAAAUCUCUACCGCCAGCGUCCGAACAAAUUAUAGCGGAUUUAAAAAGUUCGGAGAGCGGUUGGUCGUUUCAAACACCGCCUUCUUCGCCGUCCAGCUUAGGCUCGAGAAAAUCCUCCAUGUGUUCCAUAAGUUCCAUCAAUAGCUCUUCAUCGAGCAGCUCCAAAAGUCACCAUUCUCCCAGUCAUCCAUGGCAAAGGUCCCUUUCACAGCCAGUAGGUCGUAGUGGUACAAUGCGUGUUAGAUCCGUAUCUAGUCAAGAUUCUGGAUUUAUGUCACAAGAUACACUUUUUCUAAGACCACCUUCAGCUUUUAGUGCUACCCAGAUAUCCAACAUGUCAGAACACAGCAACAACAGCAGCAGUUCAAGUACUCCUUGUACUCCUUUUCCUGUAACUGCGGCUCCAACAACGACAGCCACGUGGCCAAAUUUACAAGAAACUAUACAAUUUGAAAGAGCAGCUUCCGCAAUCAUCAACGAUAGACCACACACUAUAUCAUCAGCUUACGAAAAAGGACAUCAGCGAUCUCCUUUAACCGUAUAUACAUUCCAAGCUCCAGAUCAGACUUUAUCUCAACCAGCUAGUCCGGUUACAUUAACUGGACCCACAGAUACAACUUCGAAUAUCGUACCGCCCAAAAGUCCGGGAACUGCGGUUAAAUCGUCUCUAUCUAAACCGCCUCUACCUUUGCGUUGUUCUUCAUUGGAACGUCCAAGCGGUCCUUCGAUUCCGGCCAAAACAAUUACGCAGGGUGUAAGAGUAUUGCCUCCGGGUGCAGAAUUAUCGGUAAUCAAAAAACCGUCUCCGUUACCGUCUCAUUUAUCUAAAAUUAAUACCCAACCGACGUACGCAAAUAUGCACGAACUCGCAAUUAUGGCGGCUGCUGCCAAAAAUCAGGAUAAGGGCUUUCCGCCACCUCCUCCUACGGAGUUCACUAGUCCACCAGAAAAGGCUGGCGAAUGCGAAAAAGAAAGUAGUACAAGCGAAAGUUCCUUAGAAUCAUCUAGCGGAUACGGAAGUCAAACUACUUUCAAUUUCGAGGAAAUGCAUCACGUAGAAAAUAUGAGUAAUACAGGAACGUUACGUAAUACACUUUUGAGAAGAGGAUCUAUACAAAAUCAAAAACCUCCACCGCCGAUAAGGAGAACGUCGUCUAUAACAAAUACGUCCACUAUAGGUAGUUUGGAAAACUUGCCACCGCCGCCGGCUUUUUUGUUGGAACCUUCUAUUCAACCGCCGCCUAAACAGCAACAACAACAACAACAACCGACUACCGGUAUAAACGUCGCGGAAACUGUAAAGGCUUUGACGGAAUUGAAUCAUACACCGGCCAGUCCGAAUUCAGUUAGACGCAUGUCGACCUCGUCCCAAAAUAUCUUCCAAACUACGUCGCAGACUCAAUUCGCGACUCCUCUACUGAGUACUUUUCAAAAUCAAUCCAAAGUAUCGUAUUUAUCGCAAUCUGGCGGCGUGGUUUACGCUCAACCGUUACAAAUAACCGGUAGUCCGACUACGAUGAGACGAAUACAAAAUUUACGAUCGCAAAGCGCCGAUAGAAAAUCCGAUGGUCCCGGUGGCGUCAGUUCUAAUUUCAUAGCGUCGCUUAGCGCCAAAUUGACGCCACAUCUCAGUCCAAAAUCAUCGAGAAGAUUAUCCGAAGAUAGUACCACACCGACUAAUUCUCCUAUUAAUAAACACGCUCAUCAUCACAAAUCUGGUCCGGGUCAAAGUUUUUUGGAUUCUUUGAACGCCAAACUUUCACAGACGCAUACUCUAAGCGCUCAACCGACUCAAUUGAAGGCCAAUAAGAUCCGUCAAAUGAUUAAUAGUAGAGCGCAGCCUGAUCCGAAAGUUUGUCAUGAAUCGUUGAUGGAUCAAAUUAAAAAAGGGGCAACUUUGAAACGUGCCAAAUCAACGAACGAUCGAUCAGCUCCGAAAAUAUGCUAGUGAAAUUUUAAUCACUCGGUAUAAUCUUUUUAAUAUAUCUUGUCGAUUUAAUAUAGUUUCGGUUUGGAAUUAAUUUGAAAUUCGAUAUUUUUAUGCGAAGUACGAUUUUUGGAAUAAUUUUUUUUUGUUGCCAAAAAAUUGAUUCUAAUCCACUAAAUUAUAGUAACCAAUUUGAAACGUCCACUGGUGGACGUUUAAAUAUAUUAUUUUUGGUAUUAAAUUUCGAAUUAAAUCCAUCUAACACAUAUUUUAACAUAUCGUUAAGCUGAAAUAUCGAAAUCCACCCUUAAUCCUUUCAACUUUAUAAUCUUAUAUAUCGUAUUAUGAUGUAUUAUUAUAUGUACCCUAUUUUGAGUGCUUGAAAAAAAAAAUAUUGCGUCCGAGGGCCAGUACGGUCCUAUUCUAUGUUUACGUUGUCGAGUGAAUUUGGACAAGUGACAAGAACAGGACCGUACUAGCUUUCGAGCGUUUCUUUGGUGGAUUUUGAUAUUAUUUUAAUAGUAAUAACAUUUUUUUAUCCAACAAUGUUCAAUUGGUGUAUUUAGUAACGUCCAUUUUACAUUAACUUGACUGAAUUAUUUUUAUAAAUGUUAGUAGAGUAGUAGGUUCAAGAAUAAAAAAAAUAAGGUAGUAUCAAUUAUGGAUUAUAUUAAUAUUAACAAUGAAAACGGAAUAUGAUGAUGAUUUAAAAAUUUUCAUUGUUCAUAAAUCAAUUAAUUAUUAAAAAAAAUAGAUUCACAAAACUUAUUAAUUCCAUCAUUCAUUUAUUGUAGACGCGUCAUUAUUAAGGUCUAUAUUUAUAUAAGAUAAAUUUCUCAAUAUCGAAUCCACACAGAUCAAAAAAUUACAUCGCCUUGGGUUGUUUCUACUUUAAACAAUAUUUUCGACUUCUGUGUAUUUUUUUUUAAAUUGCUCAGAUUAUGGAGCUGUAACUCAAAACAAAGCCUCGCUUCCAUAUUUCCACAAGAUUCUGGUAAAAAGAAAUGAAAUAUUGUAGGUGUUCUUAUAUUCGGUUCUUCUUCUCCUGUACUCACUCGGUUACAUGAAAAUUUCUUCUAAUCAUUAAUUUAUCUGUUUUUGGGGUUUUUACUCAAGUAUUAUUACGAAAAGAUAGAAAACCAAAUUCUGGCUCAUACAUUUCUACUAGAUUUUAUUGAAAAGGGGGUGUUAUUCUAGAAAAUGUUGUAGGUGUUCUUAAAUUCGGUUCUUCUUCUCUUGUACUCAUUAAAAUAUCUUCUAACUAUCAUUUUAUCGUUUUUUUUGUGGUUUUAAUUCAAAAUUUAUUAAGAAAAGAACCAAAAACAAAUCCUGGUUCACACAUUUCCUCUAGAUUUUAGUGUAAAAGGGAGUGGUAUUCCAGAAAAUAUAGUAGGUAUGUAUGUUGUUUCUUCUUGUUUAAACACUAUCAUCUUCAACUUCUUCAGAGUUUUCUGCUACGUAACACAUCAAUCGAAGAAAUUUUUAAUCUUCUUUCGAUAUUUAACAAUUUAUGUUUAGAAGAUGUGAUUUGUGGUGACCUAUAUUUGUCAGAUCAGUGACUUGUUUUGCUUCAACCGUUAGGUAUGCGAGAUGUCGAUUGUUUUAACAUCAUCUUCAUCUUCUUCAGAGUUUUUUACUACGUGACAUCAACUGAAGAAAUUUUUGUUAUUUGUCUGUUAGAUACACGUUGUUUGCGAUGAACAUAUUUUCCGUUUUCAUUGCGAAUUAGAUUUUAAAAAUUUUUUUUAAAUAUUUGUAAAUAGCCUGUUUAAGUAGUAAAACCACUUUCGGUAACAAUGUAUAUAAACAUUUAAAUUAUGUAAGAGAUGUUAAUAUAUUCAAAACUUGUAGUAUUAUCAAUUAGAACGCAACAUUUUAUUUUAUAGUACAAUUUUUAUAUAUUUAGAGAGUUUUGAUCGAUUAGAAGAUCUUUAACUUGAUACUUUAACUUCUACCUCUAUGUUAUUAAAUAACGCAUUUUCUUUUUUCAGUUUCUAGAACAAAAUAAAUCCUUAUAUAGCUCAAA